AAACUGAAAUAUUCAGUCACAAGUAGCUAUACAAGCCUACAAAUAGCUUUUGUGUCAGGCCAUGAAACUUUCAUGCAGAGACAUGAAGCUUUCAUGUCUGGACAAGUGUAGUUUGCUCUGUUGUGAAAAAUUGUCACUCUCAUUCCAUCUUUCAAUUCAUUACAUGUGUUGUACCACUCAGCUGAAAUAUAAUUUUAUAUCUCAUUUAAUUAUUUAAGUAUGGAGUGUUGUGUUGGAAAAUAUAUUAGUGAAGAGUGUCACAAGAGUGUUAAGUUAGGAGAUGUAUCUAAAGAAAUCAAAGUAAUUAGUGAAUAUAGUGAAAGUGAGCAACAAGUGUUAAAAUUCAGAAUAAGUGAUAGCAUAGUCAAUAUUUCUAAGCAUCAUGAAAUCAAAUUUUUAGACAAAUAUUAUCAUCUCUAUGACAGAAUAUGUUGUGAUCCCCUAAAAUAUCAUAAAAAAAACCUGUAAAAUAAAAGAGUUUAAGAGAAAUAACUUUGACACAAUUAUCCAGACUUAAAAGUAAAGUGAACCUCAUACGAGGAAAGCAUUAUGCUCAAUCUGUGACAAAAACUGUUUAAGCUUACAGAAAAUGAAGAUGAAGUAGCAAAAAAUUCAGAACUACAAGUUCAAUUGAAAGAAUGUCUACCGAUUCCUGGAACAAGAUCCUUUCACAGAUUUGUACCUGUGAUAGACAACAAAGUACAGUGCUUUAGAACAUCAAAAUAUUUGAAAUUUAUCGAGAUGCUGAUGUCAAAGAAUGAUUCAUUCCAUUUGAAGGAAGAGGAUAUUAUUGCCUGUACAUAAUAAUGAACAGUGGUGGAUUGGAAAGAUAAAAUCUAUAACCCUGGAACACAACGAUUAUUAUGUUCAUUUUUUUGAACCGUCUGGAUCAAGAACUUCAUUUAGAUUAAACAAGAGAGAUGAAGCAUGGGUCCCCUUGGAAAACAUAUGGAGGAAGCUCACGCCUUUCAAGUUAACCACAGCAAUAUAGGGCGUACCUACAAUAUAUACAGGCAUUGCGUGAUGAAAUUUCACAGCUCCUCAAUGUUAAUUAAUUACACACGUGAAGUAUCACUCGAAACUGGACGCCAUUUCAGUGCUGGGACAGAAAAGGAUGUAUUUAGCUCUCGUAAAAUUCCUCCGGAUGCUGGGUUGGAAGAAAACUGUACCGACUUCCAAGGCAACGAGGUGGUCCAUGGAUUGCUGUACAUCCCAGGACCCAACGUGUGCUCACUGUGCGUCUGCUACCACAGCAAACCCGAGUGGUGCAAGACCAUCUACUGUGACGGGCCUCCUUGGAAACGCUGCAAGAAGUGGAGUAUGGGUGAGGGCUGUUGUGACUUUGAGUGCCUGGAUGACCCUGCUGACUUGUUCCGAUCUCGCAGGCGCAACUCUGCCGUCACCCAGCAAAUCUCAAUGGUCCUGGCGGUGGGGUUGGCAGCUCUGCUGGUCCACCUCUAACACAUCACACGUCUUACACCUCUUUAGUUACCUCUAGUCAACACGGUGCAGGGUGGCUGACGAGAUUUGGUUGUACCAGAUUAAAUAACCGAUUCAUGUUUAGAAACCGUUUAAACCCUUUGAGUGCCAAGUGACUGUAAAAAUUCCAUUAGAUGGAGGUCAUGAUGUUGGCACAGUAAGGGUUAAACAUGAGAAUGAUUAGUAUGUACUGAUUGAAACCUACGACUGGCAGUCAUAUUUUCUCAAUGCAGCAAAGAAAAUUUUUUCUAUUGAACGGUUUCCAAAAUAGAAAUAAAACUAUUUGACAUACUAGCAAUAUUAAUGACUAGACAGGAGACAAAUUUCUGCAAUUAUAGAAAAUUACAAACAAUAAAAGUUUAAUCCUAUAGCUUUAAAAUUAGAUAAAUACACUAAAUGUAAUGAAAUGUAGUGGUAAUAACUUAAAUUAUUUUUUAAUUAACUACUUAUUGUGUUCUUUAAUAUAAUGAUUGAUAACACAGAACGUGUUUUGACAUUCAUGCAAAGACUAUUGCUGAAGUAUAAAUAUUUUCCACAUUAGAAAGUGAUUGCCAGCCUCAGCGUUUAAAUAACUAUACAUGAAGUCUUUUACUUUAAAAUUCUUCACUAACAUAAGUCUUUCUAAAUUGAACACUGAAAUCUUCUCAUCAGUCAUUCUGCGAUCUAGUAGGCUGUGUUAAUCAUAUAAGAUUUUAAUUAUUAAGUUAAGUAGAUUUAGCUGCUUAGCAAUUUUUAUGUUGAAAGUUUAGAUGUUGUUGCACCUGUAUAUGAAUAAUUGACGUUAUAAUUUUUAAAACUUGUCAUUGGGGACCAUUUUUACAAAAAUAAUUGUGGUCAUGAAAUUACUUUAAAGAUUUUACGUUUAAAUUUGUUAACUUAAUUACAAAUUAAAUUUAUUUUAACAAUUGUACUUAAUAAAAAAAGUAUAAUUGGUAGAAAAACAGUCGUGUUUUGUCUCAAUUAAAAUGUUUUAAAUGUCAUAUUUGCAAAUUAAAUGUAAUACUUUUAACCUUUUUAUUUACAACAUUUGAAAAUUAUUACAUGCACAUUGUUGUCUUAGAAAGUAAAUAUUAGUUGGUUUUAAUCAAAUUUAGUAUAAAGAAUGUUUAGAAUGUUGGUGUGUUGAAAAAAAAACUCCAAAAUUCAUAACACAAUUUAAUUUGCACAUUUUCAACACUUAAAAAGAUAAGAGCAAAUACAUUUGAUAUUCCACGGUCUCGUGAUAGUUUUGCUAUUCACGCUCUUUAUAGAGUAGUAUAUUCUUUAUUGCCUAAUGGCUGCUUUGAACCAUUUAUAUGUACUUAAACGAGUUCGCUUGUUUCCUUCUGUACAUUACAUGUAAUGAUUAAUCAUCUUUCAUAAUUAAUUAAGUACUCAUGUGUCCAGGGUGUUUUAUCAUCAAUGUAUAACAAAAUUUGUUACUUAUACAUUUUCGGGUUUAUUUUUCUGUGAUAUUGUUCUUUAAGAUUGUAGCCAUUAUUUUGUCAAUUAACAGUUAUGGAUAGUGUGUAAAUACAACAUUGUCAUAUUUGUCGUUUGUUAUAGGCUACACUGUGUUAAUUGUCUCAAUAGUUGUGUGUAAUCUAAAUACUUUAGAUUUAAUGAAAUGGAAUUGUAUAGUCUGCCUGUGAUUGGAAACCUACAGAACCAUCUUCAACUUAGUUUUGUUAUAAUAUAUUACAUAGUGUUAUACUUUCACAUAAAAAUUCCCCUUUUUUAUUUUAUUUUUCUAUUUCACGUUACCACAGAGUAACGAAAUGUUUUGGAUGGUUGAAAGCAUUCUUCAGUCCUCAUAGUUUCAUUUUAGUUUUACACAAAAUAAAAAUGUAAUUUACAUUUAACAAAAAAUGUGUAUGCAAUUUAUUCUAUUGUAUAAUGAAAUAUCUAUCAAUCGUAAAAAUUUAGUCAAAAUUUUUAAAGUUCUUUUUGAGCAACCGUUGCUUUGUAGACAAAAAACUCUUGAUUUUUGGAUAAAAAAGAUUUAAAAUAAAAGGCAUAAAUAGUUUACAUGUCUGUAUACUAAAAUAAGUUUUAAAACAACUUGAAAAACAUUUUGGCUUAAAAAGAUAACUUUAUUUCUUUGUGUUGUAUUUUGAUGAGUGAAAACAAAAACUGUACGUGUGAUAGCUACACUUUCUACAGUUUUAAAUAUUAGCUAUUAAUUCUGAAUUAAAAAUCUUGAAACAAUGCAUACUAAAAUCUGUAAUAUUAUCAUUAUUAAGUUCGUGAAACGGUUAAAACAAUAUUUAAUGUUUUUAUAUCAAAGAAACGUUAUUUCAGUACAGAUUACUGAAAGAGCAAAUUCAUGCUAAAUCUCUUCUUUUUAAUAUAGCAAAAAUUAGAAAAUAUGUAUAUAAAUUAAAAAGUUAUAAGUAUGAAAAUAAAAUACAUUAUAAAAAAAUAAAAAGAGUCUAAAUCAUUUUAGAAUUAGUCAGGUUUAAAAAUUAAAUAUUGAUUUUAACUCUAUAAUAGAAAAUAAAAACAAAUACACAGUUUUUUUUCUGUGGUACAAAUUGUUGAUUACUUAGACAUUUUAAAAUUCACAAAUGUCUGAAUUAUACUUUGAUAAAAUGUGGGCAUCAUCACUUGUCUAAUCCUCUCUUUCUCAGCUAUAUUCAGCAAUUUAGUAAAUAGCUCAUAAUGAAGUUUAUUUUGCUAAGUAAAUAUGUUGUGAAAGACACAAUAUUCAUUUAGCUUGAUUCCAAGCAACAAGUCCACUAGGUUUUAACUAAUUCAAUGUAAAUAAGGAAUAAUUUUUAAAAAUCCAAUAAUAUUUUUAUCAGUUGAGUUGAUCUAAGUAUUUCCUUAAAUAUAUUAUCAGAUCAGAAUAUUAUUGAAUACUAUUCUCCAUAUAGUGUUUUAUCAUGUAAAAAUAUAUAAUGGAAAACGUAUCAAAUCAGUAUAAACGUACAUAAUGAAUUUAAAUCAUAUUAGAGAUUGUCGAGUAGUUGCAGAUGUAAUGUAGUGUUCCAAAUUAGAGUAGAGACAACAUAAAUUGGUCUAUAUCUGAUUAUCCUCUUAAACUUUGCUCAUACUGUAUUAUCUUCUUCUUGUAGGUAUUCUUAUUGUUGAUUCUUGUGAUACAAGUGGGGAUGAAGAUGAGGGCUAGUGAUUAUUGUAAAAUAUGCUGUGGAUAAGGUUUAUAGUUUCACUACAAUACCACUCUAGUGUUGUAUUUUAAAAUCUGGUAAGCAAUUAAGAAAUGUGUGCCUCGCUUAGAUGGGAUAUUAUCUCUACUUUACAGAAUCUGUUCAUUACUUAGCUCUAUUAUUUAUUCUUAUUCAUAAAUAAGUUGCUUGUUUCCUGGCUCUAGACAUUCACAAAUUUGUGAGGUAACUUCUAAAACACUGCAGAUAGAUGUUCUAACACGUUUUCUGUGAAGUGUACUUAACUAUAUUCCGAACAUCUGUAUGCAAUAUAACAUAAUUAUUUUUUUAAAUUUGUUAAUGAAUCUCUACACAUUAGUAUUUCAAUACUAUUCGUCUCAUUUAAUCCAUUGGAUCCUAGAUUUCAGUGUCAUAUUAUCGCCUAGCAAUUCCUAUAUUUCAUGGGUUGCCUGGUAUUGCAAAUAAACUACAAUAACUUGAAUUUUGUAGGAGAUGUAGUUAUGGAACUAUACCAAAUUGUACUUUAAAGUGUUUUAAAUUCAUGAUAAAAACUAAAAAUAUCCAUACUAUUACAUCCAUUAUAUGCGUACAUAGUAUAAUUAUAGGUUCAUGUAAAAUAUGUGAGUAUAAUUAGUCCAUGUUACAAAUUCAGCCACACAAAUAUGUAAUAAUUUAAUUAAGAUUUUAUAAUGGAAAUGACUCGUAUAUUUUACUUUUCUAUUAACCUACAUAACACGUAUUUCCCACCAACAUGAUAGUUGAAAUGAUGAACAGAUAAAGACAGAUUUUUUUUAGUGAGGAACAAAUGUUUCCAGUCAUCUGCAAAACCUAUUCAGAAAGACAGUAAGCCUAUAUUCCAUGUAGAACUGUUUUAGGGAGAAGACUAUGCUGUCAAUCGCAUGACUGACAGUAUAUUCUUCAGUAGUGUUAGCAAGGACGAUAAUAUCGGGUCAGUCAGCCACAAUGGUCAUGAUUGAUAGUCUCAACAUACACAUAAAAAAUUGUGAACACAAUUUAAGACAUUAUCUCUAGUUCAUUUAGCUUGCUCAGCGCACAUUCCAGUUUAGAUUCUAGCUGAAUUAUUGACGAUACAGUUAUAUCCAAUCCAAAAAUUGUUAUACUUUAGUAAGUGAAAUUAUGCAUCUAUAGUGAAUUAAAAAAAUAUGCGUAUACAAAUUGUUUGUAUUAGUUUUUUUUAUAAAAUGUAUUAAAUCUUUAACAGGAUGUCUAGAGGCCUGCGCCCAAGCUAAUUUAUAAACACACUUUCACAGUAUGUUUUGUUCUAACUUUGUAUUUUGGUGUUUGUAAGUUAGACUAGAUUUAUUAUAUAGAUAUUAUGUGCCUCUAGAUGUUCAAUUUUUGUUUGUUGGUUCCCUGUCUAAUUUGGAAAGUGAGGAACGUGUACGAUACCUGCUAUAUAUUUGUAUGUACAUAACAAUCAGAGUAUUUUGGUCCCGUAAAUUUAAGAAGUAAAUGACAUGUGCUCUUGUGAAGCCUUUGUUGUGUGGUAUUUCGUGUCUGGAAAGUUAUAACUAUUGUACAUUUUAGAUGUAAGGGGAUUUCUUAAUAACCAUUCAAUCAAAAUAUAAGUAUGUACACUGUUUACGACAAACUCUUUUGACUUCAAUAUUGCAACCAUGUCAUUUAGUAUUGUUACCACCAUCAGUACGCUUUGUAGGGAUAAUAAUUAAUUACUCAAUUAUUGAAAAAUGCCAAUACUGCAUAUCUUGGAACGAUAUGAUUAAUAUGUCCAGUUCAUUUUUUCAAUUGUAUACCUUUCUUGUUGUAAAGUCUUAGAGUAAUAAUCAUCUUAAAAGCAUUAAUGAAAUAAUUAUUAAAGUUGAUUUUCGUACAAUUUAUUUUAUUAAGAAAGCUACUGGUGUCAGCUUUACUGAUUACAGUUCCUUAUAUAGAAUUGAUCACAAGCUUAUAUUUUAUCGAUUAACGUUAGGUUAUUAUUUUAUGCAAUCAGUCUACCAUUAAUAUGACAGUUAUAUUGAUCUGGAUAGAAAUCAUUUUAUAUAAAUAAUCAAUUUGGUUGGCAUUUUUCCUGUAGAUUAUAUGGACACUGUACUGUAGUGUUAGCCUGUAUACUUAGAUGUUUUUGUACUUCUUGUAAUAUAUAGCCGUAAUCAAGUAGUACUAAUUAUGUACGUUCUACCCCAGAGCAAAAGGACCAAUGUUCUGAGUUUCUUUAAGUGAAGUGACAGGAUAUUAUGAAGGGAAAGAAUAAAGCAAGCGAUAAAACAUAUUGUCCUACACAUACAAGAAUAAUUUCAAACGAAGGAUAAACUUUAUUACUAAAGCCACUAUAUAUUGCUAAUUUUAAUUCCUCCCAGUAAAAUUAUAGUAUUUAGAGACAAUUUGAAGCAGUUCAGGAAUUGGAAAAGGUUAAAUGAGAUUUCUGAAUCUGAAAUCUGUAGUUUUCUAGACUUCUCAAUCUCAUAGCUGUGGCUUUAAGCAGAAGUAAUAUUAAAACACUCAUUGUUUUGUUUUGUUGUUAUAGUAUUACCAGUUGCAAUUAAGGCAUAAUUGCUCUAAAGUUAUGUUAUGGUUUAGUCUAACCAUAAUAUGAUGUUUGGCAGUUUUUACGGAUUAGCUAUGUAUGUGAAUUUGCUAUUUUCACAGGUAAUAGGCGGGACUGUGACAGAUAGAGUGACUAGACAAUAAAGAGUUGCCUGAGGUUAAUAAAUGAAGAAAGGCAAGAUUUGCAGAUAAAUAAUACAAUUUUCAAUAACCUAGUUAAAUACAAAUGUUAUAUUCUAAUUUCUUUUGCACAUAUUUUCAUUGAUUGUAAUAACUAUGUCUUUAUGCAAACAAAAAUAUAUUAAUUUUUAAUUCAAAAUACCAUUAACGCCCGUACUAUAAGCAUUUAUAAUAUAAUGUUACAGUCAUAAUUUACUUAUUCCCCAUGAAAAUUUCAAGAUCACUUUUUUGUUUAUUUAGUUUCUGCGUAGAAACAAUUUACAACUUUAUUGGUGAUGAAGGUUUGAUUACAAAACAUAUAAAAUACUUUUUCCCAUAAAACUUUUAAUCCCUACAGUUAUAAUACAGUUCAUAACCUAUUUAACAAUUUAAAUUAUUUAUUCGAAUACAUGCUAAAAAUUAAUAUUCAGAUUAAAUAUUUACAUAAUCCAAUAAUGGAAAAUUAUUUCAAUUUAGUUUUAUUUUGUGUUAUGAAAUAUAUGAUGAAAAACAAUUAUAAUUUCAUAUUAUACUUCAAUAAUAAUUUAUUUGCAUUCUUACACUGAUUCAGAGAAAGAAAUAGUGGAUAUAUGUGAGGCUUGUGCUAAACAGCUUAGAUGAAUUAUUAAUUUUCAAGCUAAAAGGAUAAGUCUAAUAUUUAAGUUGAAGGGGAAUGUACCUUACUGUUAUAUCAGUUUAUAAUUUAUAGAAAUCCACAUCAAAUGAGUUUUAACUUUGAUAAUAAUAAGUACAUAAAUAAUAUCCAUUUAAUGGUAAUGUAUAGUAAUGCAUAAUACAAGUAGGCAUCCAAAUUAAAGUUUUUAACCAAACUAAAAUAUUUUUUAAUACUUGUUCUGAUGCAACAAAACUUACCUGAAUAGUUACAGUGUGGCAGAUUCAUACAUAUUUGUUUUCAUAUUUAUUUAUUACUUUUUAAUAACCUACAAUCUUUAUUUUUUGUGUUCCAAAAUUUGUACUCAGUAAAUGACCUUCUCUUUCAUAAAUGCUCAAAAGCGUAUUUGCUAAUAAUUGUAGUGAUAAGCAUAUUUUUCAUUUUGUAUGUUUUAAAUUUUUCUGACUGUUAAAUUAUAAUAUGUGUUAUGAAUUUACUGUAAAAAGAAGGAAUUAUUUUAAAAUUAAAUUUAGUAUUAAAAAAUUGUUAGUUUAUUAUUUAUUGGGUUCAAUGUAAAUUAGAAAAUUAAUUUGCUUUGUACCUAAAGGAUAACUUUAUGAAAAUCUACUAUGUGAAGAUUUAAAUAAUUGUUUCAUAUUAGUCAAUGGGAAGAAGAAUGUCAUAUAAAAUAUGAAAGUUUAAAGAUGGCGUGAAAAAAGUAUAUCAUGUAUCAAUUUCAUACAAAGUGUCUAACCCUUGGUUAGAAAAAGAAAAAUACAAGUUAGGCUGUGACAAAAGUAAUGUUAUUGCUAUAAAUUGAUUAUCUAGUAGAAAUAUUUAAUAUUAUAGUCAGUUCUUUUAUAUUGCACAAUCAAUUUCUAGUCAUAUUAGCUUAAGUUUUUGGCAUUGGUUCCUUGAUUUGGUGGAUAGUGUAUUAAAAAUGUUUCAUAGAUGAUAGUAAUUGUGCUUUUUACAGAGAGAAAUCAUAUUUUAAACAAGUAAUUUUCUAUUUAUUGGUGGAUUCUGUGGAGAAGGUAAGAGAGUGUAGCAAAAGUGUCUGUGUCCUUUUUUGUCUUGUGCUGUGUUGUACAAAUUGUUGUUGUGUUAUUCAGAGUGCAGUUUAGAAGGGAUUAUGCAAAAAAAUUCUGAAUUUUGCACAGAAUCUGUAAAACAUUUUUGUAUUCUUUAUUUUGUAUAAAAUCAAAUAAUGCUACACUAAGCAAAUUAUUGCUUUUAACAAUUCAGUUGCUCAGAAGAUUUUGAGAAAAUAAAAAAAACUUACAAUUGAUGUUUAACAAAGAUAAUUGUUGGAAAGUUAAAACCAGAUAAGGAACAAUGACAUUUAAAUCUGCUGUUAUUAUUUCUAAAUCUAUUCCAUGCCAACUUCCUGGUUUGGCAUGUAGUUAGGUUGGCAAGACCAUUGCUAAAUAAUGGGCGAAGGGUGAAAUAAAAACGAUUCAGUCUUCAAAAAUAUUUUUAUUAUAAUUCUGCAAAAAGAAAAGAUUUUUAUCAAAUUACAUUGUUGAUUAAUACCAGUGACAUUUAAAGAAAAAAGCAACAUAAUUUCAGAAGGCAUUGCUUUUUUUAAUGAAUUUAUUUAUUAUGUAAUUAGUUUUUUAGAAUAGAAAUAUUUUUCUCUAAAGUACAUUAAAAAUAUACCGUUAAAUAAACCCUCAAUUUAUCCCAAACAUAAUAGCGAACUGAAUAAUAUGUAAUUGUUUAAGUAUGAAUUAUUUUUUACACCUUAAUUCUUGAAAUUAUAAGCAAAUAAAUUUUUAUCUUUUUCAUGUGUGGCGAUUAUUUUUGAAUUGAUAUGGAUAUUUGUGGCAUUGUAGUUUUAAUAAUACACCUUGACUUAUUUGUAAUGUUUUUUGUAAUUAAUGAAUUCUUUGUGGCAAUAAGCUACUCAAUUUAACAUGCUUUAAUGACUUUAAUGAGUAAUAAAACAAAAUAAGGAAUACAAAAUGUUUCAACUCACCUAUAACAUAAUUGUAAAAAUUGCAUUUGAUAUUAUUUGUCACUCUUUAGAGGCCUCUUACUGUUGAAUCAUGUCAUAAUAAUAAAUUUUAUCUAGGCUAGAGAUUAAUCUGUAGCAAUCUAUGUUAAAGUUACUGAAACAGAUUCUGGAAAUUUUGGAAGUAUUUUGUAUUAAAUCAUUGUGAGCCAUUUUGAACGUAUAUGUUUUGUUUCCAUUCUGAUGCAUGUUAGCCAAUAUCAGUGACUCGUUAAAAUUUAAAACAGUAAAUUAAAGUUUCAAAUUAUUUUUUUAGAAUAUCCAUAAUAAAAGAGAAUCAAUUAAGUUUUUAACUAUUUUCACAUGUUUUUAUUGCUAUUGUAUGUAUUUAGUUAAAAAAAUAUAUUGCUGCAUUUGUUUUCGUUCUUAAAUAAAAAAAAUUGCAUAACAAAAUGAAGCGCAUCUAUUGCUAUUUUGUGAAAUUUAAAGUAUAAUUAUUGCAUUUAAAUUAUUAUUGUAUAAAUUGUGUAAGUUUUGUUUAAAACAUUGUAGUACUCUUCUGUGGGAAACGUAGUUUGAGUAAACUGAUUAAUUAACAAUGUCACCAAACAUUUUUAGAACUGUUUCAAUUACUUUUUGAUUUCACAAUCUAAUAAAGCUAGAGUUGUGACUUAACAUGAGUUUUAUAUUAACAUAGGUAUUAAUAUUGUAAUUUUAAUGAUAAAACUGUUUUAUCUCAUAAGCUUCUUUGAAAAUGUUAUAUGUUUUUCAAAACCAAUCUAUAUUAUUGAGUUUUCAGCCAACUUUGGGUUAAUUAAAAGUAUUUAUGUUAAUUACACCAAACACUAAGAAUUAUUCAUCGUCCUUGAAAAUUAAUAAUUAUGUAAUAAAAAUGUAAAGGUUACUUAUCACAGCCAUUACAGAUUAUAAAUAUUUUAGAAUUUUAUUGAUUUUAUAGUGUGCAAUAAAUAACAAUAUAUUAAUGUAUAGCACAUUGUCAGUAUAAACAAAAAAGUAUUAACUAAGUAAUAUGUAAAUUUAUAACAACAUUUUGGGUUAAAUAUGACAGCCCAAACAAAUUAAUUAUCUAUCUAUUGCAUGUAAAAGGAUUUAACCCUUUAACCACCACACCCGAUAUAUAUAUUGAAGCUUUAUUUUUGCGAACAACCGCCACGUCCGAGUAUACUCAUUUUCAUAUUAUCAGGUGUUUUAUUUUUGUUGUAUCAGCUCAUAUAUUGUGUUAUUUGGUGUUUUUUUUAUGUUAGAAAUUCAAUCGUGUGAACAUUACUCAAGAUGUUGGUAAACAAUCUUAAUUAUUUUUUCUAUUUAUUUAAACUUAAAUAACAUGAUGUUUAACGUGUUAUGUCAAAAACUCAUACAAACGGGAAAAAAUUCUCGGCAUGUCUUACUAUGUAACUAAGCCCCAUGAUCAGGUGUCGCCGCCAAUCCAGGAACACGGCAGUUAAAGGGUUAAUUAAAAUUAAAUUUAAAUCUACUUCCUAUUUGUUUAUUUGAAAUAAUAUUUAUAUCAGUAUCUUUUCCAAGGGACUUGGCAACUUUUAGAAGAUCUGAACUUAAAUUCCACUGCCCAAAGUGGCUGCAAAUCCAAUAAUCUCAGAUUGUGUACUUCCACUUGUAAAUUUAAGUACAUUUUAAUUAAUUGAAAGUAGGUGCCUUAGGACAUACACUUGUGUUACUUUGGUAGAGCAACAAUACAUCACUUUGGACCAUUUAUAUACAAAUAAUGGGAAUUUGCAUGAAAUUCUGUGGCUUGGAUGUGAUUGUUUGCAUUGAAAAAAUGUAACAAGGAUGUAAAGAAAAUGAUCUCCACUCACCGUUGGCUUAGUAUUACGUGAUUACAUUAUUGUUUUGUUGAACUAUAGUCAUGGAAUUAAAUGCAAAUUCUAAUAUAAAUGUAAAUUGCUAUGAUCUUAUGAGUAAAUCAACAUAGUAUAAGCACAAAUACAAUUCAUAAUAAUCAUACCGUCUUUAACAAUUUUCUCACGUUCUGUAUUCUAUUCUAACCUCUUGACAUGUAUGGUACAUUUUACUUGAAAUAUGAAAAUAAAAAUGGACAAAACA